AUGGAUCUGAAACCUGGGCCUGUCACGCGAGUGUGUCAUGUCUGUGGUCGCCAAUAUGGGUUGUCAUCCUUUGAGAUCCACUUGAAGCAGUGCAAGAAACUAUGGGUCCAGCAGGAAGAGCUGAAGCCGAAGAAUGAGCGUCGACCAAUCCCGAAGACUCCACCUGGAAUCGGUCAAGGCGGCGUAGACGGUAAUAAAGGAAUGAGUCGGCAAGAAGUUGAGGCACUCAAUCAAGCUGCACAAGAAGCGUACAAUGUCCACGGCAUGGAGAAAUGCGAAUUCUGUGGUCGAACUUUUGCUGAAGGUCGACUUGCUAUCCACAACAAGAGUUGCCGAGCUGAUAAUGUCGGCAAAAAGUCUGGGGACGGAGCAGCUCCAAGGAACAAGAAAGAGCCUGAAGUGGACUACGGACGCGCACGUCCAUCGAGACCUGCAGACAACUCUUCUUCGCAGUCAAGCGGUGGAGGUUCAACCAAGAGCUCAAGUCCUUCGAAGCCGACAAGUGCUGCGAGUAGUGGAGGUGGACGUGCGUUAGCUGGAAGUCUAGCCACUAACCGAAACUCUGGGUCUGCAUCUCGGUCGCAGAUCCACUCUCCAUUGGAGCAAAGUGUGGAUGCCGACUCCCUUAAAGCAGAACUACAAGGGAAAGAAAGCAUGAUCAGUGCUAUUCAAGCCAAGUUAGAUCGUUGGGAGGCCUCGACGGUCGCCGCUUUGCAGGAAAUCAGAGAUCUCAAAGAAGUAUUCACUCAGCUUAGCACAUCAUAA